AUGUCCAAUAUUAGCGCUGAUGGACCGCAGGUCACGCAGGAGGGACUCGGCAUCAACAGGCUCUCCCCCAUAUCAUCAAAUUCGAACCAAAGUUCAUUGACUUCCUCCAACUAUGAAAAAUACCUACAGCUAGCCACUGAGAAGAACCCUUGUACUAUCCUGGAGCUCGAACUGGACGGAAAAGUGCGGUAUGCCUCGCCGCAAUGGAGGAUGCUGAUAGGGGCAGCCGGAAGCAAGUGCUCUUCCGCCACCUACAUCGCAGACCUGAUUCUCGGGUCUGAUCGAGAUAAAGCCGUCUUUAAAACGGCAACAGAAAUGCUGCUUAUGAACGACGACACCAGCUAUAUGAUAACGUUCAAUAUCGCGGCUGCCGACGGCGAGGGCAGUGCCACAACGACCCUGGAGGCCCGCGGCAUCCUGAUCAGGGAUGGCCACACGCAAUUGCCCUCCCACACCAUGUGGAUAGUUAAGCCCCGUACGAACGACUGGUCCGACUUCUACGCCAACGAAGACGCACAGGAUGACAUGAUCAUCCAGCUCUCCGACGACUGUAACGACAUCGACAUCCAGCUUCCGGAGGAGUUCGUAAAGACCCUCGGGUUUGGCGCCAAGAUCUUCAUACAAUACCUGAAAAGAAUACGGCUGGAAAUGAUCACGGACGAAUUCAACCUGCCCCUGCCCAAGAUGGAACUUUGCCGGGUCUGUGAAAAUUUCGUCCCCGUCUGGUGGCUGGAGACCCAUUCGCAAAGUUGUGUUUGCGAGCAUCGGACAGAAUCACUGAUACAACUGCUGCACGACAACCUCAUUGAACAGUUGGCCAUCCUGACCAAUUUCAGCAAAGAUUCCGAAUAUAAGGGCACGCAGGUCCAAGUACGCUCCAGUAACUUUCUGAACCAGGUCUUGGACUCCCUGAGGGAACUUUGCCAGGAUUCUAUAGACAUAAACCCCAGCGAAAUGGUCCCAGAUCUCUACCACAGUGUCUCAUCAUUCUCCCAAGAUAACAACAACGCUUUACUGGAACAAUUUCCUGUCCAAAAGGACACAGUUAGUUUGAAUUCAUACUUUCAGUUCUCACCAAGAACGAAUCACAAUAUUCAAAAUGUCACGUCAUGGCAAUCCAGGUUUUUUCUCAAUGAUGAUCAAGACCCAGGUCUAGCACUUUUGAUUCACGAUACUUUGGACCUGGCACGGAAAAAAGUGGAUGCCGUUUUGAGGUUGGACAACGCAAUGACCUAUUCUCUAAAGAUCAAAAACGAGGUUAACAAUUACGUCGUCCAGUUGAUUCGCGAACAAAUUGAAAUCAACAAGCACGCCGCUUUAGCUCACUCAAUAAAUAUAAGGUCCUCGUCACUCUUUCAUUCUCCUCUCCCUCCCACACAGGCUCAACAACCGGAACCGGAAACAGAAACUCUAAUAUAUUCUUCCUCCACUCCCAUACAGGCCCCACACAAUCGAGUCACGUCUUUUGAUACAUCCUACAAAUCACAUUUGGAUCUUAUACCUUUCCCCUCGGCAGCCACCAGAAUAGGCUCUAGCGACGACAUUAGACAGUCUUCCCCACCGCCCCCCACGUACACCGAUACCGUUAUGAAAUUGCCCAAACCUCAAAGGAAAACCAAUUCUGGCGGGCUGUUCUCCGAUGCCUACUUGAAUGCCGACAUCAUACCGAACCCAAAUAUCGAAUCCGCGAUAUCCUUUGAUAAGGAUCGUAACGCCAACGCCAACAGCAGCGGAGCUAGUAGCAGGAAGCCACACAAUGCAGAUGACACAGCAGAGUCUCGAAAAAUUAACGUUGACAGACCAUCCUCUUCCUCCUCUUCGAGACUAGGAAUAAGAUCGAGAUCCAUAACGCCAAGGCAAAAAAUGGAAUACUCGCAUGUAAAUAACGACGACCGCACGAAUGAAUUUUUUGUAAGAGACAAAGACUCUCUUCAGUCUCACCCCUCCACAGAUACCACUGUAACAUCAUCUGCUCAAACAAACACAACAGGCAUCAAAUCCAACGGUAAUAGUUCUGCAAACUCAGUAUUGCCCAAACUAAUGACAAGUAUUUCGUUGACUCCAAGACGGGGUUCGCCAUUAUUCGGAAAUUUAACGAGCCAUUCUAUGCAACAAACAAACAGUUUCAAAUUAAUUCAAGAGAAAUCGCCAAUAUCUUCCCCAUUCACAUUCUCUAAGGAUUUUUUAACCCCAGAACAGCAUCCCUCCAAUCUUGCUAGAACAGAUAGCAUCAACAACACAAUGCUAACUUCACCAAAUAUGCCAUUAUCACCACUUUUAUUGGCAACAAACCAAACCGUCAAAUCACCGACACCAAGCAUUAGGGAUUAUGACAUUUUGAAGCCAAUCAGUAAAGGUGCUUACGGUAGUGUUUAUUUAGCACGCAAAAAACUUACAGGUGAUUAUUUUGCUAUAAAGGUUCUAAGGAAAUCUGAUAUGAUUGCCAAAAACCAAGUAACAAAUGUCAAAUCUGAAAGAGCCAUCAUGAUGGUACAAAGUGACAAGCCGUACGUUGCCAGACUAUUUGCUAGUUUCCAAAAUAAAGAUAACUUAUUUUUGGUGAUGGAAUAUUUACCUGGUGGGGAUUUAGCUACCUUGAUCAAGAUGAUGGGAUACUUGCCCGAUCAAUGGGCCAAACAAUACUUGACCGAAAUUGUUGUUGGUGUGGAUGACAUGCACAGAAAUGGAAUCAUUCAUCAUGAUUUGAAACCUGAAAAUCUGUUAAUUGAUAAUGCAGGUCAUGUAAAAUUAACAGAUUUUGGUUUAUCGAGAGCUGGUUUAAUCCGGCGUCACAAGUUUAUCCCGCAUAAGUCGUCCCUYAGCAUUAGUUCGAAUUUACCAAUUGAUCACCAAGCAAGCAGUUUUACUAUGAAUGCUAACAAUAGCAACCAUUCACAAUUAUCCACCCCGGAUAGUUUCUCGUCUGAUCACAAAUCAAACAACAGAAGCAAGAAGUCAUCAUUAGGCCAACAACACGAUCCCUCUGAACAUUCAAGUAAUUCCAAUUCCCACUCAAUGACACCAACACCCAGUUCAAACACUAUUGUUUAUCCUUCUUACUACAGAGGGAAGGACAAAUCUCACGGAAGUUCAAAUCUUGAUCUUCCUGCGUCUUUAAGAAGAAGCGAAUCUCAAUUGUCAUUCUCUCUGCUUGACAUUUCACGUUCUAGUACCCCUCCUUUACCAAGUCUUCAAAAUUCGAAUACUAACAAUAUCAUGAGAAGAAAAUCACUGAAUGAGAACAAAUUCCUCUCUAAUGAUUUAUUAUCUCUAGAUGCAACCACAACCACUAAUGCUAAUACCAAUUCGAAUAAUAACACCUCUAUGUCACCAUCGCCUUCAGAUUUGGCCUUGUUCUAUCCUGAUGACACUAAACAGAAUAAAAAAUUUUUCGGGACUCCAGAUUAUUUGGCACCCGAGACCAUUGAAGGUAGAGGAGAAGAUAAUAAGCAAUGUGACUGGUGGUCGGUUGGUUGUAUUUUUUUUGAAUUGCUUCUAGGCUAUCCUCCGUUUCAUGCAGAAACGCCAGAUGCUGUUUUUAAAAAAAUCCUAUCAGGAGUUAUUCAAUGGCCAGAAUUCAAAAGUCAAGAAGAAGAAGAAGAAUUUUUAACACCAGAAGCAAAAGACCUGAUCCAGAAGUUACUAGUUGUUGAUCCUUCCAAAAGACUAGGCGUUAAUGGGAUACAAGAAAUCAAAGAUCAGCCUUAUUUCAAAAACGUAGAUUGGGAUCACAUUUACGAUGAAGAAGCCUCUUUUGUCCCUACUAUAGAUAAUCCAGAAGAUACAGAUUAUUUUGACCUGAGAGGCGCCGAGCUGCAAGAUUUUGGGGAUGAUAUUGAUAGUGAUAAUGGAAACAUUAUUUACAAUAGAAGUAGUAACAACACCGAUGUCUCCGAUCUAUCUUCGGCCAACCUCUCGCUGCCAUUGAAUCAUAAGAAUAUGUUAUCCCGGAGACUAUCGAUGAGUAAUACCACUAAUAGAAGCACAAACAAUUCCAAUAGUAGUGUUCAUGAUUUUAGUACACAUACCCCAGUUAAUAAAUUGAGUAUUGCUUCUGUAUUGGAAUCAGUACCGCAAGAAGCUGGAUAUCUCACACCGAGUGGAACAGGUACGACUACAGUUAGUGCCAAAAAUUCCCCCAAUCUGAAGAACUUAUCGUUGGCCAUACCGCCACAUAUGAGGGACCGCAGAUCGAGCAAGUUGAAUGAUUCACAAACAGAGUUUGGGUCUUUCAAUUUCAGAAAUCUGUCUGCUUUAGACAAAGCCAAUAAAGAUGCCAUUAAUAGGCUGAAAAGUGAACAUUUUUCUGAACAACCUGGAGUGCAUAGGCGAACUUCUUCUGCGUCUUUGAUGGGAUCGUUUUCGGAUGGUUCCGUAUCAACCGUAGGGAGUAUUGCUUCGAAUAACACACCAAGUAGUAAAAUGAAAGUACACAAACCCACAAUAUCGGGUUCUCCUUCAACAUUUAGCUCUUUCCCCAAAACUUUUUUGAGAUCAGAUUCAUUUUCUACCAGAUCAUAUUCUCCUGAACGAAGCAUUAGUAUUGAUUCAUCAACGUUGUCGAGGAAGGGGAGUAUAAUUGGAGAUGGUCAACAAGCAACUGCAAGUAGUUCGGAUUCGCCUACGAUGACUAAAUUCAAAUCGCCAUUAUCUCCCGCUAACAGUACGAUACCAAAUUCAUAUAUUUCAAGGCAGCGAGUUCUAUCAAAAAGUUUUUCACAACGAACUAAUUCCAGUGAUUUGUCUGCAGAGGAAAGUGAUAGAUUACAAGCUAUUUCAAGAGUCAAUUCUUUAAGACACAGAAGGCGUAGUGGCCGUAAAAGCUCCAGUACUUCCGAGAUUGGAUAUCAUAUGGAUGUUCUUGUCUGUGAACCUAUUCCGAUCCAUAGGUACCGUGUUGCUAAAGACCUAGAAAAUCUGGGUUGUACUGUCGUUAGCGUUGGUGCUGGUGAUGAACUAGUUAGUAGAGCCACCAGCGGUGUAAGUUUUGAUUUAAUUAUGACAGCCUUAAAACUCCCAAAGCUUGGUGCAAUCGACAUUGUUCAACUGCUUAAGCAAACAAAUGGUGUUAAUUCGACGACACCAAUUGUGUCCAUUACAAAUUACUUUCAAGAAGCAAUAGCUAGUAAAGCUUUCGAUGAUGUUUUAGAAAAACCAGUAAAUCUUGAUGAAUUGAAAAGAUUAGUUGCCAAGUAUGCAUUGAAAAAAUCGCAAGAGGAUGAAGAGCAUACAAUUCUGAGUGAUUCAGAUGAGAUGCAUUUAUAA